AUGAAAAUCAAGUUAAAAUAUUAUAAUGAUUGGGGAGAAGAAUAAAUUUGUAUAAUAAAGGUGCCUUCAAAAGGAACAGUUGAUGAUUUGUAAUCUGAAAUAUAAAAAACAACAUAAAUUGAGGUAUGUAAUCAAAAAUUGUAUUUAUUUACAAAUUCUCAAAUGAUUGAAAUAGAAAAGCAUUAAUAUUUAAGUUCAAUUUAAUUCAAUUAAGAAUCUAUAGUAUUUGUUAAAAAUAUUGACGAUUAAUUUAGCAUUAAUUCUUCUUUUAAUUCUUAAAAAUAAUAAUAAUUAAAGUCCUAUAAUUCAAAUAGUUUUGCUGCAGAUCUAUAGAAUACUGUACAUGAUUCCUUUCGAAACUCCUUUAAAAAUAAUUAAUUUAAAUCAAAUACUUAGAUAAAUUAAUAGUAUGAUAUUGAAAAAUUUUAUGAAUUUAUUCAGACCAAUAAUUUUUAGAAAGCAAAAUAUUUAUUAGAUAAUUAUGAAAAGAAUAAAAAUUUACUUUUAAAUAACUUAUCAGUAUUUGGAUGGUCAUCUCUACAUGUAUCUAUAGUUACUGGAUAUGAAAAAAUUGUUUUAUGGUUAUUAAGUGAAGGUGCUGAUGUUAAUUUAGAGACAAAUGAUGGAUGGAAUUGUCUCUCAUUGGCUGUUUGUUUAAAAUUAAAAUAAAGUAUUACAUAUAUUAUUAUCUUUAGUUGUAUUAUUUUUAAUUGGAUAACCAGAUAUAAAUAUCAAUAAAUCAAGUAAACAUGGAACUGCAUUACAUUUAGCUGCCCAAAUAGAUGAUGCUGAAAUAACAAUGUCUCUAUUACAACAUCCAAAUAUUGAUGUAAAGUAUUUAUCAUUAAUAAAUUCAGUAUUCAAGAUAAGACUAAUAAAAGACCUAUUGAAGUUGCAGGUACUCAAGUUAGAUAACUAUUAAAAUAUGAACAUGAAUUAAAAUUAAAUACUAUUUAUAGAAAUUCAUUUGUGAAAUCAAUGAAUGGAAUUAAUUUAGAGGAUUUAUAGAAAGAUGUAUGAUGAUUUUGUAUAAAAGAGACUUUUCUUAUUAAUAAACCAAGUAGACCUCCAAUUCUUACAGGAAAAGUAUUGAAAGUUAAUUAUUUCAAAUUGAUUAUGUAUCAAAGAUUUAUGAUAGCUGAUCCUGAUUCUGGUACAUUAGUAAGAUUUAAAACAGAAAAAGACAUUCCAAAUAAUCCAAAGUAUUAUAAUUAUAUAUUUUUUAAGUGAAGUAAUUGCAUUAGAUUAAAUAAAUGAGAUAAAAGUAUCUAAAGAUGAAUGGUUUUAAGAAGAUGAAUUUUAUUACUUAGAAAUUAAAUAUUCAACUAAUCAUAUGUUUCUAGCAUUUAAAGAAAAGAAUGCUGCUAGAAGAUGGUAUGAAGGUUUGAAGAAUUGUGUAGGAUAUGCACGCUACAUCAAUUAAAAUUUCUUAUAAAGAAGUUCUAUUGAUGAAAUUAAAAGUGCUUAAAGAGCUUAUAAUUUAAUGUUAUAAAAACCUAAUUAAAUUAUGAAUAUUAUAGAUUCACCAGCAAUUGAAUAAAAACAAUAUAUUUAAUAACAAUAAAAAGCAAAAAAAGAAAAAUUUAAAUAAUCAUUAGCCAGUGUAAGUGAAGCAGAAUAUGAAAUUGAUAUUGUUGAUGAAAAGGGAAGUUAUAAAAAAUAAAAUUAUAUUGGUUUAUCAAGUUUUGAUAAUUUUGAAUUAAUUGGUAAAGGCAGUUUUGGAAAAGUUUACAAGACUAAAUAUAAAAAUAUUUAUUGUGCAUUAAAAUAAUAAGAAAAGAGUAUGUUAAUCAAACAUGAUUAUCUAAAUUAUACUCUUUUAGAACUUUAAAUUCUUAAAACUAUUAAAAAUCCUUUCAUUGUUCGCUUAUAUUUUGCAUUCUAAGUUUAUAUACAAAUUAUUUUAGACACAAAAAUACUUAUAUUUAGCUACUGAACUUUGUCCUGCAGGUGAUUUAUCUAGAUAUAUGACUAGAGGAAAAGUUUUGGAUGAAUAUACUGCAAAAUUCAUUAUUGCUUAAAUCAUAUUAGCUAUUGAAUAUCUACAUUCCAAAUCUAUACUUUAUAGAGAUCUUAAACCAGAAAAUAUUCUAGUAGAUUCAGAUGGAUAUAUCAAACUUACUGACUUUGGUUUAUGCAAAUAAGGUCAUGUAGGUUAAGAAAUAAUUGCCAACAGCUUCUGUGGAUCUCCAGCUUAUCUUCCCCCUGAAUUGAUUGAAGGUAUUGGAUCAUCUAAAGCAACUGAUAUUUACUAAAUAGGAACUAUAUUAUUUGAAAUGCUUACUGGCUAUCCUCCAUAUUUUAGUACAAAUAUUAAAACUUUAAUUGAAAAUAUCAAAUAUUGUAAAUUAAAUAAUUUUCAAAUUCUAGAAUAAUUAUAAAUUCCCAAAGGAAUUAGUGCUACAGCAGCAGACCUUUUAAGAAUAUUACUUAUUAAAUCUCCUAAAGAAAGAUUAGCCUAAGUUGAUUUUCAUAAAAUUAAGAAACAUUUAUUCUUUGCUGAAAUAGAUUGGAUGAGACUUUAGGCUAAGUAAUAUAAGCCACCAGCAUUAACUCUUCGAAAUAAUUUUAAUAACAGUAGAAAUGGUUUUAAAUUUUUAGAAAAUAAAAAUGUAAUUUAAAUUGUAAUAUAUUUAGGACCUUUGUGACAUAGAUUAUAAUGAAGGAUAUGAAAAGCCUAAUUUUAUAGAAAAUUGGAAUAUUUCAUUCAUUUGA